AUGCCUCCCAAAAAGCACAGAGGAGCGAAAGCUGGUGCGAUCCUGAGUGGUAUCUCACGUGCUGGCCCAGGGGAGGCAGAUAUCGGGAGCAUGGUGCCACAGGAUGCGUCCAACCUCUCCAGAAACCACGGGGAGUUACUUCAAUGCCUAUCCGCCGUCUCAUCCAACAUGCUGGGAAUAUACUGCCACAUGUGCUGCGACGCGAUCCAACCUGGAUUCCAACAUCAGUGCAUCAACUGCUACGCUCUCAUUUGCGAACAGUUCGUUCCUCGAAGCAGCGGUUGCAUUGUUCAUGGAUCUGUAGUGUGCAGCAGGGAGGAGUUCCUGUGCCCUAUUUGUGCAAGGACCGGAAACAAGAAGGAUUCUCCUUUGCCGUACGUGUAUUCUGGCUUUGGGAGGCGAAAAAAAGUGAAGAUGGAAUGGCCGAUGUGCCUCGUGAACCUUAAUGCGGAGUCGUUGGAGGAAGGCUACCUGGUAACGACCACCAAGGUUGAAUUAAUCAAUCACUACAAGUCACAGGCAUCAAAUCUUUUCAUUCGCACCUUUCCCAUAACCCAGGGUGUACAGAUGUCCGAGCACAAGAACCUUGCAGAUGGGAUUGAGCUCAUUCACAAGGCCAUAAAGGCUGGAUGUCCCCCGAAUUCUUUUGUCAUGAUCGACACUGACUCGGAUGAAAUUGCCGAAGGAAGCGCUUCAAUCUCAGACGUGGUUGCAAAAUCCCUCGGCGAAGAGUUCAUGGAGUGCAUGGGAGAAGCCUCUUCUGCUGCAAGUGGCGACGCCACUGUCAACAUUACAGCAACCGGGAAGAAGCCCUGGUGUGACCUCACGGCCAAGGCAAGGGGAGGACGGAGAGCUCUGCUCCUCGUCGGCGGUCAUCCUGCCGUCAGGUUCCGUCAUAACUUUGAAUCGCUUGUGUCGCUUGUAGAGAAUGACAAGUUUGAUUUUGUGCUUGGAUUUGGAGGUUCUGGCACCUCCGCAUCUCAAAUAUCUCAUACGGUGCGCUCUCUCAUUGUAGAGACUGGAGUGUUCGGACAAACAGAUCCCUGGUCUGCAUUGAGAGAUAUCCUUACGUCAAACCAUCAAGUCUUAGAUUACACAACUGUUGUGUUGUUGUACGCGACGACUGCUAGUGUCCCCCGCCAAAUGGAAUGCCGUCAGAUUGGGAAGGAUGCCCCUGCAUUGCGUGCCUUCGGCUACGAGUUCAAGAUGUGCGGAACAAGCGGAUGCGAUCCAGGGCUAAAAGGAAUACAAGUCUACAAUCAGAAGGAGAAAAUCCGGGUUCGGUGUACUUCGUGCCACUGGAAGUCUGCGUGGGCAAGGAACGAUGAGGACAACGAGUACUUUAAGAGGGUGAACGCACUCGCCGCGCCUCAAAUAUUCUGGCACCAUUUCCCCCCCUCAAAAGAACUUCAACAGUUCUUCAUCAAACUCAAGCAACUGUGA